UCUUGUAGUACAUAAAUUUUCUGAUCAGCUCCACUGAAUUGAGGAAAGUGAUUUUUGUAAAAUAAUAAUGGAAUUUUAGAUUAAUUAUUAUGAUCAUUCAGUAAUGACAUACUUGAAUAUUUACCCCAUUAAUUGGACUUAUCUUCGAGAUACUUUCUAACAUAAUACCAUGUAGAAGGUGGAGCAGAGGAAGGGGGCAGUGUCGUCGCCAUGGGAGGCGGUUGGGUGAGCCACCUGUUCCAGUCGGUGGCGGGGGUGGGGAGCGGGGGCGGCGGCAGGGGGCGGCCCCCCUCGGACCAGACACGUGCCAAGCUCACCACUGUCACCGAGGCUCUGCGCGCCAACCCCAAGGUCACCGUCCAACGCCUCGAUGGCAUACUGUCCUCCAUUCCCAAGAGUGAGAACAUUCUUAUGGUGCAGAACGAGGAGGGCUACAACCUGCUGCAGAAGUGUGUGGGCAUCAACAAUGUGGAUCUGGUGCGGUGGAUUUUGGCCAGGAAUGUCGACCUGAAUCGUGGUGCCUGCUCCUUUCCGCUCCACAUUGCUUGCCUCAAAGGGUAUCCAGAUUGUGUGGAACUGCUUCUGAAGCAUGGCGCCCGGGUGGACGUGGAGGCGAGGAUGUGUUGGCCUGGGCCCCACAACCAGAACUGUGAGGAACGCGGCAAACAUUAUGUGCAUGAUGAUAUGAUGGCGGAUAGGUCUAGUGAUAAACUGCAGAGCGCAAUAUGCUAUGCUAUUGAUGGUGAUCAGGUGGUGGUGUUGGAACAGCUGCUAGCGAGAGGCGGCUUGGACGGAUGUGACGGUGGGGCAGGGGACCUGCGGGGCGGCAUGGGGGGCGGCAGCUGGCUGGUGCGCUGGCUUGGGGGGGUGGGAGGCAUGGGGGCCAUGGGGGGUGGCAAACAGAGAGGUCACCUGUUGUUGCAUGCUGCCUGUGAGCGGGGCGCCUACCAGUGUUGCAAGUAUCUGGUGGCUGUGAGACCUGAUGAGAUCAACCGCUGCUAUGAUGAGUACUAUCCCAUUCACCAGGCCGUGCUCAAGCCGAUACGAUUCCUCGAGCUGUUGAUUGAACACGGCGCCGAGACGAAGGUGAGCACAGCCACCCAGCAGAUGACAGUGCUACACCUGGUGUUUUUGCAAGGCCGCAAAUCGGCCGAAGACACACUGGCCACAUGUAAACUGCUUCUGGAUCACGGCCUCCGCGACAUGAUCAACCAGGCCGACUCACUAGGCAACACCCCGCUCCACUCGCUCAUUGUGCGCUACGCACUCGAGGAGGCCCGUCUCGGUUACGACUCGGACAAUCCGCCCUGGAACAAAUGGGAUGUCAUGCAUCUGGUGCGGUACCUGUUGCAAAACGGCGCCCGGCCCUCGAUCAACAGAGCCGGCAACAGUGCACUGGCCUGUGUGCUGCGGCAUGUUCGCGACUGGGAAUUCCGAUACGAGUUGCUCAACAUGUUGCUGCAGGAGGGCGGCAACCCCAAUGUGGUGGGCAGAGACGGCAGUGUGCCCCUCAUGGUCUGCCUGGUGCCUCUCAUCAACCUGCACCAUGAUCUCCUGCAUCUAUUCACGCACACUAUGAAGGUGUGCUACCUGAACUGCGUGCGCAUUCUGCUGAAACAUGGCGCUAAUCCCAACUGCACGUCACGCAGCAAUCUCACGCCUCUUCACGUCCUCAUGUUUGCUGCCAGUGAAACCCUAGGCCUAGCCCGCUGCCGCGCUCCACAGCAGAACAUGGACUUUAUCCACUCGCUGCUGGUGCUUCUGCUACAGCAUGGCCUCGACCCGAACAUCCGCUUCUCGCAGCGUGCGCCGCACAUUCUGCUCGCCGUCAUCAACAUGGUGAAAGCGGCACGAGUGCCCGCCGAUCUCAACCACGUCUACAGUCUCACGCUCACAUUCCUUCAGUACGGCGCCAACCCAGACCUGGAACUGUCCACCUCCCAGCUGGCGUGCGACUCUGCAUCGCUCACCAUGGCCUCCUCGAUCUACCUGCGUUCGGCCGGCGCACAACCUGUGCUCUUCCACUUUGUGGUGACAGUGUCGCGGCGCGACGAUCUGCUGCUGAGCGAUUCGCAAACGUUCUUGCGCAUCGUGUGGCUCUACCUGAUGGCUAUGUCGCACGCGGCCGCGCAAGCGACGCUCGCCGCACUGUUGCGCGCGCAGGAGGCCGGCGUGUUUCCGGUCAGGGCCACUGCGCUGUGUGCCCUCUUGAGAGAGGUGUACACCCGACCACCCACACUGAAGCAGAUAGCACGGCAGGCGAUUUACCAGUCCAUGGACAGGCGGCCAGGUAUGGCGGUCAAUAAACUACUUCCCUUGCCCAGUGUGUUGCGCGAGUAUCUGCUCAAUUUCGAGCCCUAGACGAGACGGCCAAUUCUACUGACGGCCAAUUCUGCGAUCGGUGUGGUGUGUGAGGAAAGCUGUACUUACAAUAGUCAAUACAAUACUAUAGUCUGCCACAUGAAAAUAGUCCGAUAAGAGUAAAUGCAACGUUGUCAAAUAAGAUUCAAAUCAUAAUCAAAUCAAAUUUAUUGCCUUACAAAAUAUGUUUGAAAUUGAAUACAGAUUACGAAUUUAAUAUUUAAGAAUAAGAUAUUUAAUUUUUCAACAUAAUAUAUUCUAAUUCGAUUCGGUCAACACUAUCCACUGCUGAUUAUAAAUGAGAAUUGAUUAAUAUUUUUAGAACAUACCUGACAAAUCGGCAACGUCUAUGGGUGAGAAGGUACUAAGCUAAUUUAAUUCCCAUCAGACUAUUUUCGUGCGGUUCUCUAUAGUAAUUAUAACAGUUGUCAUUACAGUACUGUUACGAUUGUAAGGAGGGAGUAUCUCCACUAAGCACAGUUUUGAGUCAUAGUUAGCGACUAAUCUAUAGUGAGGUCCACGUUAUAAAGUCGGCAUCUGAUUAACAUUGGUGUUGCUAUCCUUGUUUGUCAUCAGGCAUAGCAGAUAGCUCUAUCUCUAUACUAUUCUAGCUCCGCAACG